AUGAAAUCAUCACUAUCCGAUUUGGAUAGUGGAUGCAGAAAGAAAAGAAGAAUAGUGAAACACCCUUUAGAUUCUUCGCAGUUACCUUCCCCACCAGAGCUGAAGAAAGGUCUGUCUAUAAAAGACUUUCAACAACAACAACAACAACAGCAAAAAGAAGAACAAGAACAACGUCAACCACAGCCACAACAACCACAGAACUGCAAAAAACCUACCUUAUUAAAAGAAAAAGACAACUUCUCAAUGCUGACAUCUUCAAAUAUGGUACAUGACGCUAAUUGCUGCAUGUUCAAGAUUAUUCUUGAUUCAAAAGGCAAUACAGCUGCGUUAUGUUAUCUGCCUACAAGGUACAGGAAUAUUAUUGAAUUCUAUCACAUUGAAAUUCCUGUCUCUUAUAGGCAACAAGGAUUAGGCGACUUAUUAUUAUACUAUGCUUUCCAAUGGGUGAAAAGAUUGAACUUGCUAGUGAUACCAACAUGUCCAUUUGUCCUCAAAUAUUUGGAAACUCAUUAUCCAGACCAUAAAAGUGGAGAUUGGCCUUGCAUUGUCAAUACAACAGCGGCAGCAGCAGCGGCAGCAACAGCAACUUCUAAUUAUAAUGGCAGCAUCAUGUCUGUCAAUACCACUGCAACACCUUCUUCGAAAUCUUUCGCCACACCGAUUACUCCACCUAAUACUUCGCCAAUAGCAUCCACACAUACGGCAAAACCAGCAUCCAUCAGUUAA